AUGCUCUACGACCUAAACAUCCCGUGGACGCCCUCCACGUCCCGCGAGGACCUCAACCGCACCAUAUCCUUCGCCUCCUCCCUAGGCUACUCGGUCGUGGCCCUCAACCACACAAUAACGCCCCCGAUCCCCUCCCAAAUAACGAACCCCCUCCCGAAAUUCCCAUCACCAACAACCUCCACACAACAACCGACGACGACAAAACAACCAACAGUCCUCCACCGCGCGACGGUCCUCCUCUCCGACCCCUCCCAAAACUACCGCCUCCCCGCCCUCGCCGCCGCCUACGACCUCCUCGCCGUCCGCCCCACCACCGAAAAGGCCUUCCAGAACGCCUGCCUCUCCAUGGCCGAGCCCUCCCUCAUCUCCCUCGACCUGACCCAGCACUACCCCUUCCACUUCCGCCCCAAGCCCCUCAUGGCCGCCGUCGCCCGCGGCCUCCGCAUCGAGGUGUGCUACUCCCAGGUCCUCUCCGCGGGUAGCACGGACCAGCGCGCCCGCGCCUGCUUCAUCUCCAACCUCGCCUCCAUCGUCCGCGCCACCAAGGGCCGCGGCAUCGUCGUCAGCAGCGAGGCCAGGAGCGCCCUCGGCCUGCGCGCCCCGGCCGACGUCGUGAACCUGCUGGCCGUCUGGGGGCUCGGCAGCGAGAGGGGCACCGAGGCGCUGGGCGUCAACCCGCGCGGCGCGGUCGUGAACGAGGGGAUCAAGAGGACCGGGUUCAGGGGCGUCGUGAACGUUCUCGAGGUCGGCGGGAGGGAGGGCGACGAGGCGAAGAGGAAGGCGGCGGCGGCGGCGCAGCAGCAGGGGAAGAAGGAUGGUGGGAAGGGCGGGAACGGACAGAAGCGCAAGACGCCCGAGGAGUCCGGGGACGGCGCGCAGCCGGCGAUGAGCAAGCGGGCGGCGAAGAAGCUGAGGGUGGCGGAGAGGAAGAAGGAGAACGCGGCGUCGUGA